UUUAUUGUUAAUAUCGCCAAACAUGCGACUGUUCCCGCACACACUGCAAUAAAUUAGAUGUUACAUGUUAUAUUUCUCUGUAAAAUUAUUCACUAUUUUAAAUUAAAAGCCGGCAGUAUUAAUUUGACGAUGUCGACGGUCAUAUUACAAUAUUACGUUCAACAAGCCUAGCCUUAUAACGUCUCGCCGAAAUUCAACGACAUCGAACGCUGUCAAAUAUCUGCGACAUAAUAAGAACGGUCGACGAACAUAGACUUCGAAAACCAAGUUACGGACGUCGGACAUUGCGAAGUUUUCACAAAAGNAAUGUGUUGGACUGCAACUGUUCGUUGACUAAAUUGAAUGUUAUUGCUUAUCAUAACUAUUACAAAUAUGAAUUUGGGAUAUUUUGUUUUUUGUGCUCUUAUUGCUCUAUUGGUCCCAUUCUCUACCGUACCGUUCAAUGAAGACUUCGAUGUAGCCAACGAUGGCCAAGGACGUAUUUACGGAUUUGCCAUAUGUAAGGGUAGAGGUGGAGGAGGGCGUGGAGAUGGACAUGGAUUAGGGUAUGGAGGAGGGAGUACGGGAGGACCUUAUGGGGGAAGUGGUUCAGAAAGAAGUCCAGGAGGUAGUGCAUGAAGUUAGUUAUGGGGAAGUCCAACGGACAAUUCAAAAAAAGGGAAGGACAACUGGUGGUCUAAAUAGGCUUUUCGACAUCCGUUUGGAAAAAAGAAAAAAUAUAAAAAAAAUUAGGUGGCACCCACAAUCCAAGUAAAUCUACAGGAUAAAUCUGCUAGAUCCGCUACACGCUUUGGCAUCUUCGACCCGCUCACGUGGUAACCAAACUUCAUGUGGCCAAAAAGGUGUUAAAAAAUAGGUUUAAGCAUCUUAAGAAAUUGAAAUUAUUUUUAUACAUGAAUAGGGUUUUCGUACAGUUGUUUUACCUAUUGUUUCCCUUGUAGUAAUAAUAAAUCUUAUAAGAAAUGUCUCGCGCACGGUGUUGCGGUCGACACUGCCACUACAAUAGUAACUAUUUGUGUACCAAAUAAUAAUUGUCUUAUUUUGUAUUAUAUUUAAUAAUUUUUUUUUUUAACUCAAUUUACCGUUGUACUUUAAGUUAUAAUAUGUGGACAAUUCCAGCCAAAAUAACAUUCUCCUCCGUUGUAUUUAAUUGACUGUCAUACUGGUGCAAUGUAUAAACUACUUAAUUAGUGCAUUAACACGUAUACUAUUUAUUAUUAAAUUAAAUUGUACCCAUUAUCAUAUUUUUAUCAAAAAAAUAUGUCCACGAAAUGUGUUAUAAAUAUUAAUAUUUGACUACUAUUUACCAGAGUUUUGUAGGCGUUUAUAUAAAAAUAACUAAAAAAUAAAACUAAUUACAAUGUAGUAUCGUUGUAGUUGUAUAAUGUAUUAUUAUAUGAUGUAUGGCAUGCGCAAUCAUGAAACGUACAGCCUUAGAAUUAUAAUCAACCCGUGUUCAUUUAUACAUUAAAUUCAGGUCGCCUAUUGACGACGACAUUAUUGUUUUAGUUAAAUAUCAAAUAAAUAAAUACUAUGCAUCAAUCUGCAUCAGCCGUACUUUAAUUGUCUAAAUAUUUUAUGUUAAAUUAUAUAUUUAUUUAUGUAAACGUGAU